AUGAUCAAGGUUGAGCGUGAUAAGGAAGCAGAUUUUCUGCGGAGAAGUAAAGAGCAUUUGUGGGAGUCAAUUGAAUUGUUAAUAGCUCUUGGGAAAGAGGCAAAAGCAGGACAGCAUUCAGAAUUAUUAGGAUCAUGGUCAGAAAGGCUUGAUGAAAUAGCUAAAGAAUAUCGUCAUACGGUGUGUAUUCUCGAGGCCACGCACGGUGACGAUCUUAGAGAGGAACGUAUGAAAUUCGACACGAAGUAUUUCGCGUUGCGUGCAUUUUUAUCGAAACAUCUCAGACAAAAUACACAACCUGUUAAUCCGCCCACGCAAUAUAUCAGACCAUCCAGUCACAUUCGAUUUCCUGAAAUUAAUUUGCCUCGGUUCAGUGGAAAACAAGCAGACUGGUAUGUUAUUCGCGAUGCUUUUGAUUCUGCCAUCGGUAAUCGUGCCGAGAUUAGCAAUGUCGAUAAGUUCCAGUAUCUUAAAGGAUUAGUUCAGGGUGAAGCUACGAGGAUUAUUGAUUCGAUUUCGGUUAGUGAGGAUGGAUAUCGUGAUGCUUGGAGGGCACUGAAGCUGCGUUAUGAAAAUAAGCGACAACUCAUUCGGUGUCAUAUUAAAUCGUUGUUCGCGGUACCCGGUAUGAAGAAACAGUCAGCUGACGAGUUACUCAAUUUAGUGGACAAAUUCGAACAACAAAUUUCGGUUUUAAAGCGGCUUGGAGAAGAUACUGAUUCCUGGGAUUCGUUGUUAAUUUACCAGUUGUCAACCCGUUUGGAUGUACACACACUGAAAGAAUGGGAAAGCUACUGUGCUCGGCUGGAUAGUGACAAUGUCGCCAACGUCCUUAGCGGUGCGGCAUUUUGUGAAACUGAUGAAGAUGAUAUGCCGACGUUCGUAUCGAUGGUGAAUUAUUCACAGAAUUAUGCAAGAGUUCUGCAGUGUGUCAGCCCGUUUCCUGGUUCCAGUCGAGAGUAUGAUCCUAAAGUAAAACUAACGAAAUCCGCCGCUCAUUUUAGCUCCUCAUCCUCCUCGCCAGUCGCGGAAUCUACCAGGAAAUCACAGCACUUUGCCAAGUUUUGUCAAAGCAAGCCAUGCAACCGCUGUCCGAAGAAACAUCACACUCUUCUCCAUGGAGCACAGUUUAUUCGCCAGCCUGUUCCUGGUCCACAAGCCUCGAAUCCUAGUCAGCCGACUCCGCCUCCUGUAGUGAAUACUAAUGCAUCGCCGGUACACAAGCCGUACCAACCUCCAAGUGCCAACAGUUACGCAAAUUUGCAUUAUGCCAUGAUGACAUGUGACAAGGAAAAUGUACAGACUGCUGUAAUUCUUCCAACCGCACUAAUAGAAAUUGAGGAUGCUCGAGGUCAUAAAGUUCCGGCUCGUUGUCUCCUUGAUUCUGGGUCCCAGAGCCACUUCAUCACGAAAGCUCUUUGCGAGAAACUCCAACUUCCACGUUCAAGUGCUCCUGCUCCUGUUUUAGUUUGUGGUAUAGGUCAGUCAACCACCACGGCCACGCAUUCCGUUACCGCUAAGGUAUCGUCAAGAGUUUCUCCGUAUGUAAUUGAAUCACAGCUUCUCGUCCUACCCUCUCUCGCCAUCAAGCUACCAGGAUCGUCAAUCAACAUCCGGGAAUGGAAGAUUCCUGAAACAGUGCGUCUUGCUGAUCCAACGUUUCAUGUGUCGAAUGAGAUUGACCUCAUCUUGGGAGCUCAAUACUUUUUUGAUACACUUCGCUAUGGCCGUAUCCAGCUUGGUGAGCAGUUAUCGGUUUUACAGAAUUCCGUCUUCGGAUGGGUCGUGUCAGGUCCAUGCACUAUUCAAGAUCAUGAUCAUGCUGACCCACGUACCUGCCUAAUGAGUAGCGCAGCUCGUGUAGAAGAAAUGCUGAGAAAGUUUUGGGAGCUAGAAACCGUUCGUGAUAACAAGGGUUGGUCAGCAACGGAUAAGUUUUGUGAGGAGCACUUCCUGGCCAACACCACACGGACACCAGAAGGAAAAUAUAUUGUCAGACUUCCAAAAAGAGAAGAACUCGUCCCGCAGUUGGAUGUCAACAUGUACCAAGCUACCAGACGCUUCUAUUCGUUGGAGCGUUCUCUGAUGUCGGAUCCACAGAAAAGAAAAUUGUACCAGAAUUUCGUCGCCCAAUACAUUGCAAUGGGACAUAUGCGUGAAGUGACAGAAGAGGAACUAAACGUCAGACCGCAGUUUAUACUCCCACACCACGGGGUCUUAAAACCUGAAAGUACAACCACCAAGCUCAGAAUCGUGUUCGAUGCAUCCUGUAAAUCACGGUCGUGUUUGUCGCUUAAUGACGUUAUGAUUCCUGGUCCAACAAUCCAAGAAAUGCUAGUGGAAAUACGUGAUGACCCUGAACUCCGCUUGAAAGUGUAUCAAUUAGUUACCAUCACGUACGGCUUGAAUAAUUCGCCUUUCCUGGCAACUCGCGUAUUGAAACAGCUUGCUACUGAAGAAAAAUCCAGGUAUCCACACGCAGCUGAAUAUCUUCUAAAGGAUUUUUAUGUGGACAACCUCCUCACCGGUUCCAACGACGUGAAACAGUUAAAGCUGAUCGUGAAAGAGAUGAUAGAGCUUCUGAAUGCUGGAGGAUUCCCUCUUCGACAGUGGUCGUCGAACUGCCAAGAUAUUCUAGAUGUCGUUCCAGAACAACUUCGAGAAACGCGUAUGCUGCUAGAUCUUGAUCGAGAAACCUCAGUUGCUGCCCUUGGUCUACGUUGGGAACCAGCCACAGAUCAAUUGUUAUUCAAAUCUCCAAAGUGGAAAAAUAGAUUGCCAAUCACCAAGAGAACCGUUUUGUCGCAGAUGAGUAGCUUGUUCGAUCCACUCGGUCUGCUAGGUCCAACAGUUGUACGCGCGAAGAUUAUUAUACAGGCUCUCUGGAAGUGCCAACUUGAAUGGGACACACCGCUUCCAGUCCACUUUGAAGAAGAAUGGACAUUGUACCAGCAAGAUAUUUGUCAUUUAAAAGAACUUCGCAUUCCAAGAUUGGUCAUGCUCUCACCGCACCGAAGGUUAGAAAUCCAUGGUUUUAGCGACGCCUCCCUGCAGGCAUAUGGCGCCUGUUUGUAUAUCAGAUCGAUUGACGCGAAUGGUCAUUGCUAUGUCCAACUGCUAACGGCCAAAUCGCGUGUAGCUCCUCUCAGCAGUAAGUCAAUAUCGAGAUUAGAGUUAUCCGCUGCCCUACUCCUUGCUCAUCUACUCGCACAAGUACAAAAAUGCACAUCGCUUGAAGCUCCAAUAUAUCUUUGGACAGAUUCAAAUAUAACGCUGGACUGGAUUUCAGCUCUACCUUCUACCUGGAAAACAUUCGUCAGCAACCGGGUUGCUGAGAUUCAAGAAAUAACCUCUACCGCCAUCUGGAAUCACGUACCCUCCAACGACAAUCCCGCUGAUCUGUUGUCAAGAGGAACCAGCCUUGAAAACCUCGUCAAAAAUGCUUUGUGGUGGAAUGGACCCGUAUGGAUAAGAUCGUCAAGUGAAUCAUGGCCACCAAAGUACGUUUCGCGAAAACAGGAUCCGAACGAUCCAGAGUUCCGUAAGGUCGUCGCGUUGCCUGUCUUUACAGAGCCAAAGGACAUUAUUGAUCGCUAUUCAAGUCUCACUUCUCUCAUUCGCGUGUGCGUGUGGUGGCAUCGUUUUCGUUACAACACCCGUCGAACAAAGGGUGAACGCGUAAUCGGUCCAUUGUCGGUGUCGGAAAUCGAUCGUGCGUUAUUCGGUUUGAUAAGUCGUGUGCAAGAAGAUUCUUUUGGUCCUGAAUUGAAGCAACUCACUCGAAACGAAGCUGUUAGCAAAAAAUCUAAGCUACGUUUCCUGAACCCGCAACUCGACGAUGGACUGAUCCGAGUUGGCGGCCGGCUCCAUCAUUCGUCCCUCGCUGUUGAUAAACGGCACCCUGUAGUGCUACCUGCAAACCAUAAGCUCACUAGAAUGAUCGCCUCUCUCGAGCAUCUGAAAACGCUUCACGGUGGCCCGAAUCUUCUUCUCUCAUCUCUACGUCGUCGUUUCUGGCCACUGAAUGGUCGGAAUCUCGCCAGUUCUACCGUACACCGUUGUGUUACCUGCGCUCGUGCCUCUCCGAAAUCGUUAGAGCAACUAAUGGGUGAUCUCCCACCGGUACGAGUAACCAGAGCGUUUCCGUUUGAGAAUGUCGGUGUUGAUUUCGCCGGCCCUAUUUUCCUUCGUGCACCAAACAAAAGAGCAGCUCCCGUUAAUGCGUACGUAGCAGUCUAUGUGUGCCUUGCUGUAAAAGCGGUACACCUUGACCUUGUUCCCGAUCUGACGUCUGAAGCAUUCAUUGCUAGUUUGCACCGAUUCUCUGGACGACGUGGCAAACCCAGCAACAUAUAUUGUGACAACGGUCGCAACUUUGUAGGAGCUCAACGUGAGUUAGCAGAACUUCGCACACUGUUCAUUUCCCAGCAGGAUAAGAACAUUAUAGCCCAAGAGUGUGCUGCAAGUAACAUCGCAUUCCACUUCAUACCUCCUGGGUCGCCGUCACUAGGCGGAAUCUGGGAAGCGGCUGUAAAAUCAAUGAAGUUCCAUCUCCGUCGCAUCAUGACAAACGCUAUGCUGACAGAAACUGAAUUCCGAACCGCUCUCAUUCAAAUUGAGGCUACGUUAAAUUCGAGACCUAUCACUGACAUUUCCUGGUUGGAAGACCGCUCAACGCUAUUCCAGAACCCAGCUUGGAGAACGUUCCAGAAAACCGACUGUCUCGCUGGCAACGUGUCCAGUGUCUAUCGCAGCAGUUUUGGCAACGUUGGCAGAAAGAUUACCUCAGCGCUCUUCACAACCGUUAUCGCUGGUCGAACUGUACGGCCAACCUUGUCCGUGGUGCCAUCGUUUUGUUACGAGAUGAAAACAUGCCGCCACAGAAGUGGUCCAUCGGAAGAAUUGUUGACAUCCAUCCUGGAACCGAUGGACUCGUCCGUGUUGCUUCGGUUAGGACCAGUCACGAAGAGAGCUGUAAGCAAACUCUACAUGCUACCGGUGGAGGUCGGUCCAGAAUCAGUACAGCAACCAUCCUCGUCUGCAGACGACAGUAACCCCGAUGAAGAAUAA